AUGCAAGGGAAAAUUGCGCAUCAGCAAGCAGGGCGGUGCUCUCGCCAUACUACGGUGUACGAGUACAGCGCCAAGGUGGACAAUGUGGACAAUGUGGACGAUACAGAGCACGCCAAGGAAACGGGCAACUUGCAAAGAAGUGUUCCAGAAGGCGUCGCCCGUCGGCUUGCUCUGUAUACGACGCACGACGUAAUCCUCUCUGGCGCUGUCGAACCUGUCUUGCCUGCUGUGAGACAGGACGGCGCGCUAUACGAGCACGAGCCCCGAUCGAUCGGCAGUGCAUACUCUGCAUCAUGUCGUCGUCGGGUCUACUCGUUCUCGUAA